CAAUGUCCACUUAUUACCAUUUCAUUCUCUCUCUCUCCUAAGAAUACAAAUAGUUUAAAUUCGAUUAUAAUAAAAUCCAGAGAAGAAGCGUUCGAGAGUAGUAUUUAAUAAUUAAAAAAAUCUUAACUAUUUACUUGCUGGCUCGUGAAUGAACUUAUUAAAGAACAAAAAAUCAAGAAAAGGCUCCUGAGAGGUACUGCAAAAAAGCAGAGAGGAAGACGACUUUAUCUUUUUAUGGUUUUUGUUGCUCUCUUUUGACUUUUUGCGUUCCUUUGUUUUAGUCUCCUACGGAUCUGCUUAAAUCCUUGUGAUCUGUUUACACGUAAUCUCCGGAGGAUCCGAGUUGUUGAGCCAGACCCAGAUUCUGUUCUACUUUUUUUUUCUUUUUCCUGAGCUUCUUGAUUUGGUCGGAGAAAGUUUAAGGUUUGGUGGGUUUUGUCUUAAAAGCUUCUGAGUUAUCUAUCACUUUCUUGUCUGAAAAGAGUCAGUGGAAUCUCUCAUCUCAGUCUGAAAGCUCUAUUUGCUGGAUUUGGAAGAGAAAUGUCGUUUAGGAGCAUUGUUCAAGAUUUGAGAGAUGGGCUUGGGAGCUUGUCGAGGAGGAGUUUCGACUUCAGGCUUCAUCACAAAGGGAAAUCUCAGGGCUCUUGUGAGUAUUCGUCUUCACGUGACCUGUUGCCACCUUUGAUAGUUCAGACAAGCAGAUGGGCGAAUCUUCCUCCUGAGCUGCUCUUGGAUGUGAUCAAAAGAUUAGAGGAGAGUGAGAGUACUUGGCCUGCAAGGAAACAUGUCGUGGCUUGUGCUUCUGUUUGUCGGUCCUGGAGAGCAAUGUGCCAAGAGAUCGUCAUGUCUCCUGAAAUCUGUGGGAAGCUCACUUUUCCAGUUUCCCUCAAACAGCCAGGGCCUCGCGACGCGAUGGUCCAGUGUUUCAUCAAGAGGGAUAAAUCAAAGCUAACUUUUCAUCUCUUUCUUUGUUUAAGUCCUGCUCUACUUGUGGAGAAUGGGAAGUUUCUUCUUUCAGCCAAAAGAACUCGUAGAACUACUCGGACCGAGUACAUCAUCUCCAUGGAUGCUGAUAACAUCUCAAGAUCUAGCAACUCUUACCUCGGGAAGCUCAGAUCAAACUUUCUUGGAACAAAGUUCUUGGUGUACGACACACAACCACCACAAAACACAUCAUCAUCUUCUUCUUCUUCAAGCGCACUCAUCACCGACCAAAAAAGCAGCCGAAGUAGAUUCCACUCUAAAAGAGUUUCUCCAAAACUCCCAUCGGGAAGCUACAACAUCGCUCAAAUCACCUACGAGCUCAACGUGUUAGGCACGCGCGGGCCACGGAGAAUGCACUGCAUCAUGAACUCCAUCCCAACCUCAUCUCUCGAACCGGGCGGCUCUGUCCCAAACCAGCCCGAGAAGCUCCUCCCGCCGCCGCCACGGCGCUCUCUCGACGAGUCGUUCCGCAGCAACAUCUCCUUCUCCAAGUCAUCGCUAGACCACCGCUCCAUAGACUUCAGCAGCUCUAGAUUCUCUGAUAUCGGAGGAGGAGUGUCGUGCGAGGAAGAGCGAGAAGAAGAGACGAGUUUCAGACCGUUGGUUCUGAAGAACAAGCAGCCGAGGUGGCACGAGCAGCUGCAGUGCUGGUGUUUGAAUUUCCGUGGACGCGUGACGGUCGCGUCCGUUAAGAACUUCCAGCUUGUGGCUGUGAGACAGCCGCCUCAGACGCAGGGGACAGGUGGCGGCGGCGUUGCACCAGCGCCGGGGGCUCACGGAGAGCAACAAGACAAGGUGAUUCUGCAGUUUGGUAAAGUGGGGAAAGAUAUGUUCACGAUGGAUUAUAGGUAUCCGUUGUCUGCGUUUCAGGCGUUUGCGAUUUGCUUGAGCAGCUUUGACACCAAGCUCGCUUGUGAAUAAAAGAAGAAACAUUCUUAUCAUCUACUUCUCCUAAACAUUCAUACUAAUCCGUAUUGUGUUUCUUUAUCUAUGGUCUUGUCUAUCAAUUUGUCUCAGUACUCGAGUGUUUACUGUGAGAGUCAGACGUCUACUAUUAACCUCUUCCCUAUCAAUUGAACAUUUAGUUGGAGAUC